UUAAGUAGUCACCUGGGUCCUUUUGUUCUAGCAGACACGGUCUCUAUUAUUGUCGCUUUGUUACUUGUUCAGAAAAGAAAGUAAAAAGGGCUUCCGGAAUUGGACGUUGAAUACAUGUAUGAUUGUGAGGUAUGUGAGUUGAAGGAAUGAAGAGACGUGCGCUAUCGCAGGGGAGCCAGUGGUGUCGGGUCAUGUAGUAAUCACUUCCAUGGCACGCGUUCUCUCCCUGAUCCGGACUCAACCAUUCCUUGCUCUCCUGGGGAGGAGGACAAUGUCGCUCGACCGUGGGGCGCGGGAGGUGUUUGCUGCGGCGGUGGAAGGCGUACAGCCGGAUAUCGUCAUCCGGCAGAGUUUGGAAAGUCAAGGCAACUCCAUGGUGGUUGUUGGCAGCUGCGGUGGCAAGUUCCCGCUGAGAAACAAUGUGCACGUGGUGGGCUUUGGAAAAGCGGUGCUGGGCAUGGCCACUGAAGCUGAGAAGAUCCUGGGAGAACAUUUGGUGGGAGGAGUUAUCAGCGUGCCGCAUGGCAUUCAGCAGACGUUACGGCAGCAUGGCAAACACCACCUGCUGUUGAAGGAAAGAAGCCAUAUCCAAGUCAUGGAGGGCGCUCAACACAACCUGCCCGACGCCGACUCCCUGAAGGCAGCAGAUUGUAUUGCGAGGCUUGCAAAUGCGUUGACGGAGGACGACCUGCUUCUCGUGCUGAUUUCAGGUGGGGGCUCCGCAUUGCUCCCCGCACCCGUCUCGCCAAUGACGCUCCAAGAGAAACUGGACAUCACCCGUAAACUGGCAGCCGCCGGCGCCACCAUUCAAGAGCUGAACACCGUACGACGCGCCUUCUCCGUGUUAAAGGGAGGAGGACUUGCACAGUGUGCACACCCUGCUCAGGUGGUGGCAUUGAUACUAUCAGAUGUGAUCGGUGACCCACUGGACCUGAUAGCGAGCGGCCCCACAGUGCGGGGUCCGAUAUAUCGUGACGAGGUGCUGGCAGUCCUUGAGUGCUACGGCUUGCUGGACUCUGCCCCUACCUCUGUGAAGGACGUGCUAGCUGGACUUGGUUCGCGCCAGGGAGUUGAAAUAGACGAGGCUGGGCGCGUUCUCAACGUAGUGAUCGGCUCCAACAACAUUGCCCUCCAGCACGCCGGCCGCCGGGCGCUUGAGCUGGGUUACCGCCCCAUCGUGCUCUCCCCGGGAGUGUGCGGUGACGUGAGGUCAGUGUCCCGUCUUUACGGCCUCCUGGCCCACUUCGCCUGCUCGCGUGGGGAAAACACGUCCGAGCUCGCUGCCGAGGUGAUGAAGCUGGGACCGGAAGUGGGAGUAGAGCGCGGGGACCUUCGGCGUGUUUUGCAGAGUUUGGAGCGUGAUCGCGCGCAAGGACAAGGUAUUACAUGCGUGCUGGCGGGGGGUGAGCCCACCGUGGAACUCAUAGGUAACGGCCGCGGGGGUCGCAACCAGGAGCUGGCUAUGAGAGUGGGCCUGGAGUUGAGAGACUUGCAGCCCCUGGUAGACAGUCCGGUCUUCCUGAGCGGUGGAACCGACGGUCAGGACGGGCCCACCGAGGCGGCGGGAGCUGUCACGGAUGCGGGCUUGUACAAGGAUGCUCAAAAACAACAGUUGGAUAUGCUCAGCUUUCUUAAAAACAACGAUUCUUUUACUUUUUUCACUCGUCUAUCUGGUGGUCGCAACUUGGUUGUCCCGGGGUUAACCUGCACCAAUGUCAUGGAUGUGCACGUUCUGCUCAUUCCAUGUAGUGCCAAAUAGCACGGAGAGGAUAACUACACGGCAUUCUUGCUAUUCCUAAAGUUUGUGGGAACCACAAGGGUUUUGGUGAAGGAAAAAAAAAAAGUUAAUGUGAGAAAUUAUCUGUGGCAGGGGCUUUCAACAAGUUUUGUCCAAGGAACUCGGGGACCACUGAUUUGGCGGAAUAUUUUAUUUUAGCAUAGGUCCCCUGAAAGUUCAACAGCUGUAGUACUCAAUGCACUUUUGAAAAGAAACCUAUUUCGGGGCAUCUUUUGCCACUAUAGAUAACGCACAGCCAUCUGUCUCCUCCACAGCUUAUACAGUAAACUAUAUCUUAUUAUUCCAAUAAGAUUCCAUUUUUUUCCAUUUGUGCAAUGCAAAAUUUUUAAUUCUUUAAUUCAAAACCAAUGAUACGUUAUUGCUUCAACUUCAGCCAACAAGUGAUUUAUCAUUGGAGCUGUUUUGUGUUAAGAAAUGCUACUGUUUAGUUCUGUAUCAAUCACACAUUAAAAUUAUAAACAAACAAUG